UACUAUAUUUAUAAUGGAAAAGAUCAUAGAGAAACUGAUUGGAGAAAAACUACAAAGAAUAACAUAUCAAUGGCAUUACAUCUAGUGUUAUGUCUCUGUGUUUAUAUGUUUACACAAGGUGCACAAGGCAACAUUGAUGAUUAUGAUUGUGUUGAUAUAUACAAACAACCAGCUUUCCAACACCCGUCGUUGAGAAAUCACAAGAUUCAAGAAACAUUCAAUUUAGAUGGCAAUAUUGAAAGAAGCAACAAAUAUAGCACACAAGAGCAUUGUCCUAAAGGAACAGUUGCAAUUUUACGACAAGGAAAUAAAUCUCAGAGCGUUCAUUUGAAUUCAGCCGAGUAUUUAGGUCAACAUUUUGCAACAAUUGAGACCAUGCAAGAUGGAACUAUCUAUCGAGGAGCCAAAGCAGAAAUAAGUCUUCAUGAUUUAAAGUUGGAAAACAAUCAAUACAGCAAAAGCCAAAUAUGGUUAGAGAAUGGACCUGCAUCUCAACUCAAUAGUAUACAAGUUGGUUGGGUGGUGCAUCCAAGGUUAUACGGUGACAGUAUCAUAAGAUUAACAAUAUAUUGGACUGGAGACGGUUAUCGAAACACAGGAUGCUACAAUAUGCAAUGUCCUGGCUUUGUGAUUAUAAGUCAGAAACUCACUAUUGGAAAUGAAUUUUGGGGGUCAUCUGUCUAUGGUCAAAUAAGCCUUACCAUUGAUAUAGAAGUUUAUCAAGAUUCCAUCAGCGGAAACUGGACACUUUAAAUAUUUGAUGAAGUAAUUGGUUAGUGGCCGAAAGAGUUAUUUACGUACUUAAACAAAGGAGCUUCUCUAGUAAGAUAUGGAGGAAAUACAUAUUUAUCUCCGGACGGAAUUAGUCCUCCAAUGGGAAACGGACAUUUUCCGGUUGCAGAUUUUAAAAAGACAGCACACUUUAAAAACAUUGUGAUUAGAAACUCGUACUACAAAAGAGUUUAUCUUGAAGAUGGGAAAAUUAGAUGUUAUGCUAAUUCUUAUAGUUGCUUUAGGGUGACAUAUUGGAGUUAUCUUAAAUCCACAGGAGUGGCCUUUUCAUUUGGAGGACCAGGUGGAAAUUGUGGUGUUUGA